GUCAUGGAGUUUUCGGUGUUUUUGAUACUACACAUUUUUCUAAAGGUUUCUGCCGACGACUGUCACAGGAUUAAUAGAACUUGCUGCUACAAUGAACAUGUUGACAACAACACUAACGAAUGUGUCGCUUGCAUGAAUGGAAGUUUUGGAUGGAAUUGUGAAUCACCUUGUGUAACAGGAUACUAUGGUUUUCUAUGUAAGACGCCAUGUGAGUGUCUGCAUCACUUUUGUGAUAAAGAGACUGGGUGUCAGUCAAAACACAAUGAAACAUCAGCCACCAAUUACACCCUGACUACCUUGUCUACAAUAAACUUUGAAAACACUGUAAGUCAGGAAAAAAACACAGCUUAA